GUGGUGUGCGAUGGUGGAGAGGAGAAAGUGAGAGAAACAGAUCAAUGGAAUGCCAGCAUUUGGGAAGAAUUUUAAAUUCCUACGAUACAGAUACAAUUAUUUCGCAAAUUGAAUAUGAUGGGCUCUAUUUUCUACACAAUGUGUACAUUGCUUUGAAAAAAUUUUGUUUUUCAAACCCCCUUCCCAAAUGCCUAUCUUUUGGGGACUGGCAUUAUCACGGUAUAUGCUUGAAUUUGAGGAAUGCUGCGGAGGUUUAAACGAGGUUGCCUUUGGUGACUGAAACUCUGGUUUUGAGACAUGCCCAGACCUGUCGCUAUUUGUAGCUCAGAUUCGCCCCAUGUACAAGACAUACCUUCAGCAGCCUUCAACAUGGAGGCUGGCAGCUCAGAGUGAAAAAUGACCUUGUAGUAACGACAGCUGCUACAAUUCACUAAUCUCCUCCAAUCGCACUUGGUCUUGACGUUCAGACUACAUUUGAAACUUGGCAAUUUUUAAAAUGGAUGACAGGAGUAUUGUAAUUUCUUGGAAGUAAGUUUGAAGCACAGAUUGGGUGGAGAUUAUUGAGCCGAGGACACGGGAGCAUAUGUACGUUAACCUGGUCACGGGCGAGUGUGGCUGGGAUCCACCACAGCGGGUCCGUAUCCGGCAAUCGAGCGAGAACCAGUGGUGGGAGCUGUUUGACCAGAACAACAACAGGUUCUAUUACUACAAUGCCCUCACCAAACAGACCGUCUGGCACCGGCCACAGAACUGUGACGUUGUGCCCCUGGCCCGGCUGCAGGCCAUGAAGAGGAAUUCCCAAUCGGAAAACCGGAGUCAACAGCCUGGCGACGGUGCUCACUCCCGGAAGACUUCCGGUGGCGAGGUCUGCGCUUUCCCCACCCAGCUGCCGGGGAUCCACGCUGGGGACACGGAGAACGGGAGCGAAGCUGUCAGGGCGAUGCAGAAUUCGGCAAGUCGCAAAGAAUGUGCAGGGUCCAACUCCCCGUGGCAGCCUUCCCCAGGCACCAAGGCAGCGAUGCUGGUGAAGGUCGACAGCGGAACGAGCUCCGUCUCUACCCAGCAGCAGAGCUCCCCUCCGGUCACCGGCCAGAGAGCCGUCCAGCCAAGCAAGGCCGUGGGUCAGGCCCAGCAGCCAGGCUGUUUCCCGCUGGGCAGUAAAACAGCGGCGUGCCCCCUCGAACCCAAGCCCUCCCUGCAUCUGAAGAAGACAGAGAACGGCGGCUUCUGCCUCGUUUUGACCAGUGUCCCCCCGUGCCAGGCUUCCCAGAAGGCUCAACCGGGCCCAGCCAGGCCUCUGUCCCCGAAGUGUGCCUCCUCGGCCCCCAUUUACGACGAGCCCCCCAUCGAGUCGCCCAUUUACGACGAGCCCCCCAUGGAGGUGGACCAAGGGUGCGGGCCCGGUGCCGAAUCUGGUGCUCACCGGGCCGGAGCGGGCCAGACCUCUGACAGGGGGCCUCAGGUGACCAAGCUGCUCCAGGGCCCCAGUUACCAGCAGCAGCUCGUCGCCAGACACGCCAGGAAGCCAUCCAGUACGGAGUACAGCCCGGCUGGGAGGGAGUACAUCAAGCAGAUGGUGAACAUUGACCCGUCCUUGAAGCAGGCAGCCCCCUCCUCCUCCGACUGCGACAGCGCAGGCCGACUCCCAGCGGUGGCCCCUUUCCUGGCCAAGGAUAGCAACAGGCAGCCGUGGAAGGCCCUGGAUGUGAACUCAGUGAAGGGUGGCGAGCUGCACAGUCGCCAGAGCAGCGUGCAGUCUCAGGAGUACCCCACCUCUGUGGUCAGCCACCAGGACUCGGGCUACUCCACCGGCCCCUCGCCCAGCCUCAGGAGGAGGAAAGGGAGGAAGACGAUGGCGGGCCAGGCCAGGCCGGGCUCUCUGGGCAGCAGCAGCGAGCUCAACGUUCUGAAUGAGAAGCUGAUGGCGGAGAUGCGGGCGGUGGUGGGUCGGACAGCGACCGCAGGGGUCCGGGGGAGCCGGUCCAGCCUGAACGCCGACUUGGCCGAGAGCUGCAUUCUGGCCGACAUCCACAAGAUCCGGCUGCAGUCUGAGGGCCGUCACCUCAGGCAGUACGCCGCCCGUGGCUCCAAGGAAGACAUUGUGGCCAGCAACCGGUCGCUGCACAAGUUGGGGGCGGACAUGCGAGCCUCGGUCGACAGCGAGUUGUCCACGCGGCAGGAAGUUGUCCGUCAGAAAAGGACAUUUGAAAAGGUGGACUUUUCCAGCCAUUCGUUGGAAAGAAGCUUGACGAGUCAGAUUAGUCUGUCUCUGCCGAGUCCCGUUCGGAACCAGCCACAGUCCCAGAACAUUGGCAGCAGCUCACAACUCGACCCAGGAGGGCAGACGUGCAACGUGGGCUACCAUUUUCCUUACACCACGCUCCGCAAGCCCCUGCCAGAGAAGAGCAUGGAAGACUGGGCGGCCAAGCACCUCAACAUGCACACUCGGGGUAUCUUCAGACGCAGGCUGUCCAUCGCCAACAUGCUGUCCUGGGUCGGAGGCUCCAUCAAGAAGCCAAUGCUGGUCACCAACGACCGCACCAUCAAAAAAGACGCCUGCGAACUCUUCAAGCUGGUGCAGAUGUACAUGGGUGACCGGCAAACCCGGAUGGAGAGGGUCCCCAUCGCCCUGGUGAUUGUCACCAAGUGCUGGACAACGCAGGGGAUCCGCGAUGAGCUUUAUAUCCAGCUGUGCAGGCAAACCACGGACAAUCUGUGCUACCAAAGCCUGGCGUACGGCUGGGAACUCAUGGCCAUCUGCCUAGCCUUCUUUUCUCCAUCGCCCAAGUUCCAGUCUUACCUGGAAGGGUACAUCUAUCGGCACACCGACCCUGCUCAUGACAUGAAAAUAACUCAACGCAUCAAGGAGCUGGUGGAGAUGAAAAACAAGAAGUUUUCAAAAUCGAGGAAGAAGAGAAAGCAGAACAUUGAGGAGGAGGAAGAGCUUCUCAUCAGCACGUACGCCAAGUACUGCUACCGCAAGCUGCAGAAGGUUGCUGUGACGGGGGGAAAGAAGGGGCUUAGAAAACCGACCAUUGAGGAGAUCCAUCAUGCGAAAAAUGCCAUCCUCACGCCCUCCAUGUUUGGCAGCUCUUUGGAAGAGAUUAUGGAAAGGCAACGCGAACGCUACCCAGAGAGAAAACUGCCCUGGGUUCAAACCCAGCUCUCCAAUAAAGUCUUGGCACUGGGAGGGGCGCAGGUUGAAGGCAUCUUCAGAGUGCCUGGGGACAUUGAUGAAGUGAAUGCCCUCAAACUCCAGGUUGACCAGUGGAGGAUCCCAGAGAACCUUGCUGACCCUCAUAUACCAGCCUCACUCCUGAAACUGUGGUACCGAGAGCUGGAGGAACCGCUGAUCCCUCAGAAGUUUUAUCUGCAGUGUGUGAACAACUACGAGAAUCCAGAAGCUGCUGUUGCUGUGGUUGCUUCUCUGCCUGAAAUAAAUCGCCUCGUCCUUGGUUACCUCAUCCACUUUUUACAGAUUUUUGCACAGCCAAUCAACGUGAGCAAAACCAAGAUGGACGUCAACAACCUCGCCAUGGUGAUGGCUCCAAACUGCCUGCGCUGCCAGUCCGACGAUCCUCGGAUUAUUUUUGAGAACACGCGGAAGGAGAUGUCCUUCAUCCGCCUGCUCAUCGUGCAUCUAGACACGAGCUUUGUCAAAGAAGAGUUGUGAGAGAUCAGAGGUUCUGGACAGUGGGCCCGAGCGGCGAGCUCUUGUCGGCCUCUUGCCGCGGUCCCUUUGAUGGUGUGGUGCGUGCGUUUGUACUCGGUUCUGCCUGCUUUCCGGUGACUGGACAAUCACUCGUUGACAAAGAAAUGUUGCCUCAAACCAGUCCCUGGAACAGUGACCUCGCAGAUCCAUCCGUUUGUGCUAUUGAGUCCAAGUCAUGUUUCCCUGUGUCAAUGGUGCAGACCAAAGGCGAGGGAGACGCUGGGGCUUACUGUGUCUGAGAUGUUAUGCAUGCAGUUUGUGUUCUCAAAACCUUGCGCCAAUGAUGAUAAUUCAAGUCUAAUAGUUUGCGUGUGUGAGUGUAAUUCUCUUUUUUUUUGCACUGGUCAGAGUUAAAAAGGUGCCUCAUGACAGAGAUAACCAAGCCAUUGGUUGGAUUGGGUUAUCAUUGCUCCUCAUCCCCACCUUGCAUUAUCCAGCAGCUACUGCAAUAUUCCACCUUCCACUGCGUAGUAAUGGAGGGAGGCGCAAUAACAUUGAGACUUUGUGGGGAGGGGGAAGAAAAGGCAGUUAGGGGAGACAGGAAAGCUCUCAAUCUGAAUUGUUGUGUGACUGAGCAUCGAAAACAGUGAGGGGAGCUGGGAGUGGCUGUGUAUGUGUGACUUUUUAUUUUGUUUUCUUUUGUAGGAAAGAAAACGCACACUUUAAAUAGACAUUAACAAAGGUGUAUGUGUGUCUUUUUUUCCUCUUGAACAAAGCGAGACAUUUGCUUGUUUUAGUUUUAAAAAAAAAGCCCUCUUCCCUUUCCAGUGCCCUGUACUAAUACUGAGCUCUGACUGUGAUUGUUCAGGAGGGAAUCCUCACAGCACGGUUGUAAAACUCCAGCUGAUGUUUCAAAUGCCUUGGUCGCUGAUGAUGUCAUUGAGUGAUUGAGUUUUUCAGUUGAUAUUGUUCUAGGAAUUUUUUUAUAUUUAAAUUCAUCUGUAUGAUGCGGGUAUUGCUGGUUAGGACAGUGUUUAUUGUCCAGGAGAACGUUGUGGUGAGCUGCCCUCUUAAACCACUGCAGUCCUUGGAGUGUAAGCAAAGGAAAGUCAAUUAGUGUCCUCCCGAUAUUCAGCCACAACAGAGGGCAUUUUCAACGGCAUGUGGCAGACAGUGACUCUGCUGCAUGCGAAUGCAUGUCAAAGUGCAUUCCAUAUUUGAUUUUUAUUGAAUCAGUUUCCCAGCUUGGCCCAGUCCCGGGGGAGUUCAUCACAUGUCCAGCGGCAUGUACUCUCAUUUUCAGCUGAUGGACAAUCCCCACUUCAUCAUCAAUACCCUCGGAAUUCAGGGAUUUGCAACUUUUCACAGCUAACUGCGUAACUAGCCUUCAGUUCACGGCAGUACGAGAUUCUGAAACUGAAACGUGCUGCCUGUGUGAAAUUGCUAUGACAAUCAGGGGGCUAAUGAUGUAAUACCGAGUGAACCAUACUAGAGUUUCAAAAGGCCUUUCUUUUUUAUUUAUGAUCAAAGUACCUGGGAAGUGAUGCGAGUGUUUGUCUUGAAGGCUAAUUAUUUCACUUCUUGAUUUUUUGCUGGUAGACUGUUUGGAGUCUCACUGGAAACAGAACAGCCAUCAAUGUCUCUUGUUGCCAGAAUAUAUGGCUGCAGAAAAAAAAAAUAACCUUAGCCCCAUAACCCACAGGAGUCUUCAACGAUGCGAUUGAUGGCUUGGAGUCUAAAACUAUAAUAAAACAAACAUGCUCGGAGAUUGCAGAAAUCUCAUAUGAGGCUUCCACAGCCCCAUCGUGACAUUCAAAUUGGAUUUAGUAAUUAAGGGGAACAAAGGCCCAGUGAACGUGGACAUUUGCUUCGAAUUAGCUCUCAACUUCAGGCACAUUUUCAAAUUUAAUCAUUGCCACUUGAAACUGAAUUAAUUUACAUUUUGAUAACUGGAUAUCUUAAUUUUACAAUUAAGGAUGAACAAAAGCCAUUAUUAAAUAGAUUAACUGGUAUGAGGCCCUGCUUGAUCCAUUGAAUUUAUGUUUAAUGUAAUAAGGAAUGUUAUUAUUUUUAGUAUCCAGUUGACUUUGAGAAGGCCAGAUGGUGCGGUCUAUGCUCCUGCACGUCCAUUAUAACCAUUUGUCCCUCGUUCUCUCCACACCUGGGUUGAGUGGGUGAAGUGAUCCAGUUUGUACCCAGUCCCAUGGGCACUCAACAUGACCAGGUCUUGAGGAGGUAUGAAUGGUUCUGAGAUGGGGUCGUGCCAAUUUAGUGCCUGUUCACUCUCUUGCCUUUCCGUCUAGUUUCUGUAUUGGACUACUCGGGCUAUACAGUGGAAUUAUACUCCUGAAGCUGGUCUUUUCCAUGCAAGAUUUGAAAGCAAAAUGUGAGCUUCUCAUGAGCUUGCAUUGAGGCUUGGUAAUUUCUCCCAUUUGAAAUUAAGCUUGGACGGUACACAGCACUUACCUGCUAAUCUGGCUGUGAUCACUCUCUCGGGUUGAGAAACUGUUUAGCCCUUGGAAAGGCUAAGUCAAAUCCAAACUCUUCCCCCUCCUCCCCUCCCCAUUCACCGUUGAGUGUUUAUUGCUAUUUUUCUGCAGUAUAACUAGGCCAGUUUUACUAAACUAUGGUUUCCUGUCUUCUUGAUUGUGGCUGAUCAUGUGGCAGCUGUCCAAUUUUUUUUGUAAUUAUUAUUUUUAGAAUGUGGUUCGUUGCUGAAAUGCAAAUAUCUGUCUUGUGCCUAAAACAUCUGUGGAUGAGGGCUCGUUCUCUGAAAUUGUGUUGUAAGUUUUGAGUUCACUUGUUAGUUCCAACUCCAAGGUGUUGCUUUCAGAUUUGGAAAAUCGGAAGACGAUUAAAAAUUGUACACUCAGAUCUGAACAGAUAGGUUCUGAUAUUCCACAUAAACAGUUGCUUUCUGUUUUAAGAUGAGGCUGAGUGAGACAUUAUCUUUGUUAUCACUUCCUCACUAAGGUAUUCUAGACCAGAAGCUAAUGCUGUGAGGUACCAUCAAUAUGACAGAGGAGAAAGUGAGGUCUGCAGAUGCUGGAGAUCAGAGCUGAAAAUGUGUUGCUGGA